AUGGAGCCGGCCGAGGUGAAGGACCGCAUCCUGGAGAACAUCUCCCUCUCCGUCAAGAAGUUGCAGAGCUACUUUGCUGCCUGUGAAGAUGAGACACCGGCCAUCAGGAACCACGACAAGGUCCUUCAGCGACUCUGUGAACAUCUGGACCAUGCUCUGCUCUACGGCCUGCAAGAUCUUUCCUCAGGCUACUGGGUGCUGGUUGUUCACUUCACCCGCCGUGAAGCCAUCAAACAGAUCGAGGUCCUUCAGCAUGUGGCCACCAACCUGGGACGCAGCCGGGCAUGGCUGUACCUGGCCCUCAAUGAAAACUCCUUGGAGAGCUAUUUGAGGCUGUUCCAGGAGAACCUGAGCCUGCUGCACAAGUAUUACGUCAAGAAUGACCUGGUUUGCAGCCAUGAUCAUCUGACUUUGUUCUUAACACUGGUGUCUGGGCUGGAGUUCAUCCGCUUUGACUUGGAUCUGGAUGCUCCUUACCUGGACCUGGCCCCAUACAUGCCAGAUUACUAUAAACCUCAGUACCUGCUGGACUUUGAGGAGCGCCUGCCCAGCUCCGUGCAUGGCUCAGACAGCCUGUCCCUCAACUCCUUCAACUCAGUCACCUCCACCAACUUGGAAUGGGAUGACAGUGCCAUUGCUCCAUCCAGUGAAGAUUAUGAUUUUGGAGAUGUCUUUCCAGCAAUGCAGACCAUGCCCAGCAGAGACUGGGAAGAUGGAGACCUGACGGACACGCUGAGCUGCCCACCCUCCACUGCCUCAGAGGCCAAUGGCAGCAGGGGCUCUGUGAGGAGCCCAACACAGCGCCACAACCCCUUCAACCAGGAGAAGGCUGAGGCCCUGUCCUCUGCUGACACCACGCCGGUGCACACGGCUUCCCAGGAGAAGGCAGAAGCCACCCCUGAAGGAACGGACCAGUCUGAGAGCUGCACAGAGCUGGAGGUCAUCAGGUUGGCCAAGAAGAAGAAAACGAGCAAGAAGAAGAAAGCAAAGCCUGAGGAGGUGGUGAACACCCCUCCUGCAGUGCUCCAGGGCCAGCAGCCCAGCGGUGACAGCAGCCUGAACGGGCUGAGUGACAGAGAAGAGCCCCAGAGAGAUGCUGGCCCCUCGGGCGAGGCGCGGGCGGGCGGGCAGGAGGGCGCUGAGCGCGCUGCCCUGAGCGGGCUGGCCUUGCGCAUCCCCGGGAUGAAGGACACGUCCAUGCAGAGCCUGGGGCAGCCGCUCAGCAGGGGGAUGGACAAGCUGAGCGGGCAGCUGGACACCAGUGCCUGGGAAGCCCUCCGGGAGCCCCCCGGGCAGUCCUUUCGGACUGGCACGCCAGGGGAGGCCCCAGAUGGAUCGUCCUCUGGCGACUUUAGCGAGGGGAUUUCAGCCCCCAUGGACUUCUACCGCUUUACCGUCGAGAGUCCAAACGCUGCUGCACCAGGUGGUGGCCACCAUGACCCUCCAGGGCCUGGCCAACCGGCACAUGUUUCUGGUAGCCCUGAGGCUCCUGAAGAAGAAGAAGAGAGCGGAAAGGGAGAAGCAGUUGGGGCAGUAGAGGAGUCUGGAGGGACAAGUGAUGAAGCCCAAAGUGGCCAGAUGGAAACCACCGAGCCCCAGGGUCUCCGGGAGCCGAAGAAGGAGCAGCCCAGCCCUUCUCCAAGCAGCACUGAAGACUCUGGUGUGGAGGAAGGGCAGGGCAGCCCUUCAGAGCUGACCCAUCCCUCUGAGUUCAGGGUGGAUAACAACCAUCUCCUCCUGCUGAUGAUCCACGUCUUUCGGGAGAAUGAGGAACAGUUGUUCAGGAUGAUCCGAAUGAGCACGGGGCACAUGGAGGGGAACCUGCAGCUGAUCUAUGUCCUGCUGACUGACUGCUACGUGUACCUGAUCCGGAAAGGGGCAGCAGAGAAGCCCUACAUGGUGGAGGAGGCCGUGUCCUACAACGAGCUUGACUACAUUUCGGUUGGGCUGGACCAGCAGACAGUGACCCUGGUGUGCACCAACCGGAGGAAGCAGUUCCUGCUCGACACCGCGGACAUGGCUCUCACCGAGUUCUUCCUGGUCUCCUUGAAGUCAGCCAUGAUCAAAGGCUGCCGGGAGCCCCCAUACCCCAGUAUCCUCACAGAUGCCACCAUGGAGAAACUGGCACUUGCCAAGUUUGUGGCCCAGGAGUCCAAGUGUGAGGCCUGCAACGUGGUUGUGCGUUUCUAUGGCCUCGUUCACUGGGAAGACCCCAUGGACGAGGCGCUGGGACCCACCACCAACAGCUGCACCUCCAUGGAGAACACAGUCACCAAGGAUGGCAUCCUGCACUACAAGGCAGGGACUUCCUACCUGGGCAAGGAGCAGUGGAAGACCUGCUUUGUGGUGCUCAGCAACGGGAUCUUGUACCAGUACCCGGACCGCACGGACGUCACCCCUCUGCUCUCCAUCAACAUGGGCGGCGAGCAGUGCGGGGGAUGCCGGCGCUCCAACACCACCGACCGGCCCCACUCCUUCCAGGUGAUCCUGACGGACCGGCCCUCCCUGGAGCUGAGCGCCGAGAACGAGGAGGACAUGGCAGACUGGAUGCAGUACUUCUGCCAGGCUGUCUCCAAAGGGGUGAUCCCCCAGGGUGUUGCCCCCAUGCCUUGUGUCCCCUGCUGCCUCGUGCUGACAGAUGAGAAGGUUUUCACUUGCCAUGAGGACUGCCAGACAAGCUUCUUCCGCUCGCUGGGCACAGCAGAGCUGACGGACAUCAGCGCUGUCUCCACCGAGGCCAGCAAGGAGUACUGCAUCCUGGAGUUUGCUCAGGACCGUAAGCAGUUUCUGCCCCCCUGGGUCCUCUAUUUUAGUUGCACUACAGAACUGGAGAGGUUCCUGUCGGCGCUGAACGCCGCGUGGAGGAGCAUCUACCAGGUCGACCUCCUGCACAAGGCCAUUCUGGACGCUGCCAUCAAGAAGAAGUGUGAGGAUGCCCAGAGCCUGAUCGGCAGCGCCUGGCAGCGCAGCGACAGCCUCUGCCGCGGGCGGGCGGAGCGGGACCCCUGGUGUUAG